AUGUCAUCUCUCUGCAAUCUGAUUGGUUUUCUCUCUACAUACAUUUUCAGUACUAAAAACAACAUCUUUACCAUUAUAAUAACUGGAAAACUCAUAAAAGUAAUGGUGCGGAAUGGAUACAUUGGACUAGUCAACCGGAUUGACUGAAUUUAGAAGAAAAUGAUCUCAAUUGACUCCAUUCUCAUCAAUUUAGCUGUCUCCGGAAUGUGAUUGAUCUGUGUAAUGGCACUAAACAGCAUUAUAAUGAUACUCUAUGCAGACGUUUAUAAAAAUAAUAAGAUCGUCAUUUAUACCUUCUGGACUCUUGCCAACUAUUUAAGUAUGUGGCUUGCCACCUGCCUCGAUGUCUUCUGUUUUUUCAAGAUAGCCAAUUUCUCUCAUCCACUUUUUCUCUGGCUGAAGUGGAGAAUUGACAGGGUGGUUCACGGGGUCCUGCUGGGGGGCUUCACCACUGCCUUGUUGAUCGGCCUUAUAAUAGCAGUGGUUCUGAGUUGUAAUUAUGGGUUUCCUGAAACUGCAAAACAUAAAACAAAUACCACUGUAAUGUUCCAUGUAAGUACAAUUCAAUGCUUCGACCCAUUGACUCUCUUUAACCUCUUUGCAAUUGUCCCGGUUACUGCGUCUCUGCUCUCAUUUUUCCUUUUAAUAAUGUCCCCGUGGAGACAUACUAAGCCAAUGAAACUCAGCGCUGCAGGCUUUAGAGACCCCAGUGCAGAGGCCCAUGUAAAAGCCAUGAAAACUGUGACGUCUUUCUUCUUCCCUUUUAUAUACUAUGUGGUUUCUUUUUUGAUGACCGUUAGCUGUCUUAUGAGAAAGUUAGCUAUGAUGUUUGGAGAAAUAGUAGCAAUUCUUUAUCCCUUGGGUCACUCACUUAUUUUAAUUAAUGUAAAUGACAAACUGAGGCAGCAUGUCAGGAUGCUGACAUGUAGAAAAAUAGCCUUCAUGAUGUAA